CUUUGGCAACGCUCACAGGUCACCAGUUUAGUCAGCAGUCAGCGUUCGUCGAACAAUCGCAACAAUAACAAUUCAGAAUCGAGCAAUGGUAAUCCAACGAAGAAGACGCGCCGGCGAGUGGCAUCUAUGGCCCAGCGACGAGCGGCCAAUAUUCGCGAACGCCGUCGGAUGUUCAAUCUGAAUGAAGCUUUCGACAAGCUGCGACGCAAGGUUCCCACAUUCGCCUACGAGAAAAGGCUAUCGCGCAUCGAAACACUACGCCUGGCAAUCACCUACAUCGGCUUCAUGACCGAACUCCUGACAGGCGCUCCAAUGCCGACGCAUAAGCAGCGAUCGGCCGAGAUUUAUGCUGGCAUGAACGGACACCAUCAUCCGGCUGCCAUGGGCCAUCAUCAUCUCCACCCGGCGGCUUUUCAAAGGGACUUCGUAUCGCCCUAUAGCCACAGCUUAAGUUAA